AUGUCGACGACCGUCAAAGAGGAGAAUGAAAAAACCGAUGUUCCAGAUCUCGAGACAUUGAUUGGAAAAGCCAAACGCGCCUUCGCGCUCAAGCAGUACGAGCAGGCCGUGACAACGUACGCGACGGCGCUCGAGAACUAUGCAAACGAUUGCACCCCAGCCACUGUCGACAUCUACUAUCUAUAUGGCUGCGCCUUGCUCGAAAACGCGAUCAUAUCCAACAAUGUGCUUGGAAAUAAGCAAGAAGAAGAGGAAGAGCCCGAGGAACCUGAACCCAAGACCGAGGAAAGUACAAAAGGUCGAUUUUUCUUCGGCGCAGACGGCGCAGAGGGUGAGGAAGAUGCGGCAGUCGACCUCUUCGCACAAGCCGAGGCUGCGGAAAAGGAAGAAGAGAAAGAAAAGGAUGAAGGUGAUGCUGAGGAGCCUGAAGAUGACUUUGAAGCCGCCUGGGAUAUCUUGGAGUUGGCAAAGACGACAUACGAUACCAUGCAAGGGGAUGAGUCUCAGCUCAAGCUCGCAGCCACAUACAUGGCACUGGGUGAUAUUUCCCUUGAGACAGAGAAAUUCGACCAAGCCAUUCUUGAUUACAAGUCGGCCUUGGACAUCAAAUCGAAACUUUUCCCAAUUUCAAAUCGACAGAUUGCCGAUGCACACUUCCGACUUUCACUAGCCUACGACAUGACUUCAGGAAAGCUCGAGAACCAGAUUGAACACGUAGAAAAGGCAUUGGAGAGUGUGAAGAGCCGAAUAAAUGUCCUCAACGAACUUUUACCAAAGGCACCAGAAUCGAAGGCGACUGUAGAAACAGAUGCCAAGGGCAAAGGGAAGGCUACUACAGUUCAGGAGAAUCCGCUCGGAUGGACUCCAAAAUUCGAAUCAUUGGAAUCAAUGACCAAGUCGGAAAUAGAAGCAGAAAUCAAGGACGUAAAGUCACUGGCAGAGGAACUCGAGGCAAAGCUCGAAGACAUCCGUGCAACGCCUGCUGAUGGUGUCGGUGGUACGACUAUGGAUAGGGUAGGUCGCGAACUGGACAAAGAGUUGAAUGCAAGCGGCUUUGGCGCGCCUCUUGCGCCUGAUCAACCAGUCAAUGACCUGACAUCGAUGGUCAAAAAGAAGAAACCGAAGCCGGCUCCUGGUCAACCGGCACCAGGAGUCAACCCACUCGUGCCAGACGCAAAGGCAUUCAACCCGCUCGUACCGGACGCGAAGCCAUUCAAUCCCUUGGUUCCAGACUCUGGAUCUCUCCCAUCACUUGGCAAGCGAAAGGCAGAGGAAGACGGUGAUCGCGAUGAGAAAAAGCAACGCGUAGAGUAA